AUGAACGUAGAUUCAACUAGCAACCUAAGUUUUUUCCUACCAAAGCAACCUGAAAUAGGUAAAAUUAAAAAUUGUGAUGGUCAAUCUCCACCAGUCUUCACUCCAUUAAAAAUUAGAUCAAUGUCACUAAAUAAUCGCUUGGGCAUUUCACCCAUGUGUGUGUAUUCAAGUUCCAUUGAGAUUGAUAACGUUGCCACUGAAUUCCACAAAAUCCAUUAUGGAAGCUUAGCGUCAAGGGCGCCAGGUUUAAUUAUAGUAGAAUCGGUUGCCGUGGAUCCAAUUGGUCUCAUUACUCCCAAUGAUCUAGGACUAUGGAAUGAAAAACAGGCUACAUCCCAGUUUAAUCAAAUAACCCAAGUAUGCCAUGCCUUUAACACAAAAGUUGGCGUUCAAAUCAGUCAUGCUGGUAGAUUAGCUAGUAGUGCCCCGCCAUAUAAAAAUUUUAGUUAUAGUCUAAAAGAAACAGAAGGCGGUUGGCCAAGCAAAAUCAUUGCUCCAAGUGCUGCUUCGUUUGAUCCACAAAACUUCCCAACACCCAAGAAAAUGACAAUCACAGAAGUCAAAGAAAUGAUUAAAAAGUUUGGCCAUUCUGCUAGGUUAGCAGUAAAGGCUGGGUAUGAUUUUAUCGAAAUUCAUGCAGCUCAUGGUUAUUUAAUCAGUGAAUUCCUUUCUCCUCUAUGUAACACGAGAAAUGAAAACGAUGAAUAUGGUGGAAAUUGGGAAAAUAGAAUAAGAUUUUUGAUCGAAAUUGUAGAUGAAAUACGUGAAAAUAUUCCAGUUGAUAUGCCAUUAUUUGUUCGUGUGUCUGCAAGUGAAUAUAUGGAAGGUAAAGUUCCUGAAUCCUGGACCAUAAAUGACACAUGCAAAUUAUCUUUAGAAUUAUACAAACAUGGUGUUGAUGUUUUAGAUGUUUCUUCCGGUGGUAUUGAUAAAGACGGUGUUGCUCCUACCCCUAGUAAAGAUACUAUUUCUUCUCACCGUGCAUUGCCACAUGAAUUUUUUUGUGAAAAAAUUAGAGAGACCAGCAAGGAGCUAAUUAUAGCUUCACCAGGUAGAAUUUUUACGGGACCAGAGGCCAAUAGACUGGUUACACAAGGUAUUGUAGAUAUCCCAUUAAUUGGCAGAGCAGCUUUAAAAAAUCCAGGUAUCGUUUGGACAAUGGCUGACGAGUUAAAUGUUGAGUUAGAACAGGCGGUUGAAUAUGGUUGGCCAUUUUAA